UCGUACUGCCCCAGAGUGCCCCAUCUCAUGUGAAGCAGUCAUUAUUGCAACGCCAUCUCGACCGUUAGAAUUCAAAACAGAGUGCAGUUAGAUUUUUCUCAUUGUCAACACGUGAAAAAUGUAACAGCAAUAUCAAAUCUGAGUGGUACCAUUGACAGGAAAGGCCGUGGUAUCAGUACGUCCGACAACGGCAAAAAUACGUAUUUACCAAGCGUUCCCCGAGUGACAGUAUUAGUCUAGUCGUAGCUCUUAGCCGGCAACAUGAACAGAAUACUCAUUCUCGCAUUAAGUGUACUAUUUCUCGCAUUGCCACACAAGAGUUUAAGCGGAUACUUGAACGUGUAUCCGCGAUUGAAGGAGCAUCGUCUCGCCGACGGAGAGGAUGCUGGUGUACCGCUCUUCCUCACGCCUUUGAUAGAAAAUGGAAAAAUUGAGGAAGCACGAGCAAAAGCUGUUGUCCAGCACAAGGAGAUGGGCGAUAUCAGCAGUUACUCAGGUUAUCUUACGGUCAACAAAGAAUACAAUUCUAAUCUUUUCUUCUGGUUUUUCCCAGCCAUGCACAAUCCAAAAACCGCACCAGUAGUAUUAUGGCUGCAAGGUGGUCCAGGGGCAACCUCGAUGUUUGGCCUUUUCAUGGAAAAUGGCCCGUUCAUUGUAACCGCGAACAAAACUCUGAAAAUGCGAAAAUACUCGUGGAACAUGGCACACAACUUAAUCUACAUUGACAACCCGGUUGGAACUGGCUACAGUUUUACCGAGAACGAUAAGGGAUACGCUACGAAUGAAACGCACGUAGGAAGAGAUAUUCACACUGCUCUGGUACAAUUCUUUUUAUUAUUCCCAGAGCUACAGAACAAUGACUUCUUCGUCACUGGUGAGUCGUACGCUGGAAAAUAUGUGCCUGCGGUGUCUCAUGCCAUUAAAGAUUACAAUAUCAAAGCGGAAACGAAAAUUAACUUGAAGGGACUAGCCAUUGGUAAUGGGUUGUGUGAUCCAGAAAACCAAUUAUUAUAUAGCGACUACUUAUAUCAAAUCGGACUGAUAGAUCGAAAUGGGAAAGCUCUGUUUCAACUGUACGAGAAAAAGGGCCGCGAAUUUAUAAAGCAAAAGAGAUACAUUGAGGCGUUUCAGAUCUUCGAUACGCUUCUCAACGGCGAUUUAAACGGCUCGCCAUCCUUAUUUCGCAAUUUAACCGGUUUCGAGUACUAUUACAACUACCUGAACACAAAAGAUAGCAAUGAUUCCGAUUGGAUGUCUGAGUGGAUUCAACGAGUCGAUGUCAGACGUGCGGUACACGUGGGCAACAACACUUUUCACGUUGAAACUCGCGAUGUUGAGGAACAUCUAAAAGGAGACGUUAUGCAAUCUAUAGCAGUUCUCCUGAUCGACCUCCUGAAACAUUAUAGAGUGCUCAUUUACAACGGACAAUUAGACAUCAUCGUUGCGUAUCCGCUCACGGAAAAUUAUCUGCAAAAGUUACAGUGGCCCGGCGCAGACAAAUAUGCGAAAGCGCCAAGAAGGGUAUGGCUAGUCGGAGACGAAUUGGCCGGUUAUACAAAGAGUGUCGACAAUUUAACAGAGGCUCUCGUGCGAAAUGCAGGUCACAUGGUGCCAUCGGAUCAACCGAAAUGGGCACUGGAUUUAAUUACGCGUUUUACACACAACAAAAAAUUUUAAAUACUUAUGCUAGUCGUUCCAUUGAAGCACGUGUGAUAAAAGCUUCAAACUUUUCAAAAAAAAAAACUUAUCGUGAUACACAUCGACAUUUAAUUACGCAAUGAUAAUUAUGAAAUGAUGACGUGAUGUGCCAGUACUUAAUAAAGUACUAUUCUGAAGAAUUUAACUGAACCAAAAAUAAGUACAGUGAACUUACAAUUAGUUUUGUAAUAGACGAAUCUCAAUAAAUUUAUUGAUAACAA